AUGGGGACUAGUAGUGGAGAUACAGAGGCAGUGUUUGGCGGAGAGAGUGAUGAGGGACGUGUUCAGGGAGGGGCUGCCUUGUUGCAAGGACAUAAUGGAUGGAAGGGACAGGCGUGGGCAUCAGCAGAGGGAGGCGAGUGGGCGGUGGUGAAGCAUCAGUUGGAGCAGUCGAGGUUGCUUGCCCGCUCUCCCACCCCACAACAGCUACAGGUGUGUCUGGUGGCAUGGCUGGUGGAGAUGCACAUUGACUCUCGGCACCUCUCCUCCAUCUUCGCUGCUGUGGACGAGGAAGUGAAAAGCGCAGCAGCGUAA